UCCUUGCCAAGAUGGCGGCUCCCUUGACUCUACUUCUGAUUGUUGCCGUCACAAUCCGCGCGGCUCUCUUCAGGUCCAGCCUGGCGGACCUGGUGGCAGAGAGGGUGGAGGUUGUGUCCCCCAUCACCGCCUGGAAACGAGUUAUUGAAGGUUUGGCUCUGCUUGACUUGGGAGUUUCACCGUACUCUGGAGAUGUUUUCCAUGAGACUCCUCUCAUCAUUUAUCUUUUCCACUUUGUGGUGGAUUAUGCAGAGAUCACAUUUAUGCUUGCCGAUGUCAUCACUGCCUUCGCUCUCUACAUGGCAGUCAAGGAGUACAACAAACAAGUGUUCAGAAAGCAGAAGUUUGCGCUGGAAGCAGACCGUUACCCAAUGGACUGUCUGGAGCUCAUCAGAAGCCCCAAAGAGAUGUUCUACAUCCCCCUGAAAGUAGCCAUGUAUUACCUGCUGAACCCGUUCACCAUCUUAUCCUGCGUUGCAAAGUCGACCUGUGGCCUGAACAACGCCGUCAUCUCCCUCUUCGUCCUCUCAACAAUAAAAGGAAACGUCCUGCUGAGCGCCAUAUUUCUGUGCCUGGCCACGUAUCAGUCCAUCUACCCCCUCACGCUGUGCGCUCCAGCGCUGCUGUACUUAAUGCAGCGUCAGUACAUCCCAAUCAACAUCCGGCGGGUCAGCUUCUGGUGGUUCGUCGUGCAGUACCUCUUCAUGUACCUCGGCAGCCUGUUUGUCCUCACCUGCCUUUCCUUCUUCCUGCUGGGCUCGUGGGACUACAUGCCCUCCGUUUACGGCUUCAUUCUCUCUGUCCCGGACCUGACCCCAAACAUCGGCCUCUUCUGGUAUUUCUUCGCCGAGAUGUUCGAGCACUUCCGCCUCUUCUUCCUCUGCGUCUUCCAGAUCAACGUUUUCUUCUACACCAUCCCUCUGUCUGUCAAACUCAAGGAGCAUCCCAUGUUCCUGAUUUUCAUGCAGUUAGCUGUGAUCUCCAUAUUUAAGUCCUACCCUACUGUGGGAGACAUCGCCCUUUACCUGGCAUUCCUUCCCGUCUGGAGUCACCUGCACAGAUUCCUGAGGAACAUCUUCCUGGUGUCGUGCGUGCUGCUGGCCUGCUCGGCUCUGUUCCCAGUUCUAUGGCACCUCUGGAUUUACGCCGGCAGCGCCAACUCCAACUUCUACUACGCCAUAACUCUGCUGUUCAACGUGGCACAGAUCCUGCUGGUGUCGGAUUAUUUCUACGCCUUCCUGAGGAGGGAACACCACCUCACCUACGGGCUGUACCUGAAGAGGAAAGACGGGUCAGAGGCCACGCUUGUUCUGAAAUAAACCCCCCCCGCCCAGACUCUGCAGGGGGGAGGAAACUGUUGAACUUUUUAUGUUUUAUUUUAGUUUUGUUUUUAACUCUCAAAGACUGUGGAGGAUGAAAAGACUUUCAAAGCCGCUCUGAUCCUCAGACAGACCAAAAGCACACGCUGAACGUGUGUGACGUACAGCUUUGGAUGAAGUCAGUUAACCCGGUACUCGCAACACGGCAGACGCGUGUGGGAUGUAAACACGAGGUUCCUUCUCUUCUGGAGUGCUCUUACUGUAAGGCAGCUCUGCCUGGAACUUGACAGGAGAUUUUAUUUUGAAGGCCACCAACAGACCUUUGGGACAGACUUUUAUUUUUAAGCCUCGCUCUUCUUCAAACACCAAAAAAAGAAAAAAAACAUUGUGUGAAUCCACUACUAAUUUAAUAACUGCUAACCCCAGCUCACCCAUAACAUAUAUUUAGUCGCUUUUCUGUUUAUCUAAUUAUAUUUCUGUUAUGUUAGUGGUGACAACAGCAGGAGGAGCUUUAAGAAAACAACUUUGAGGCUUCUGCACCUCGUUUUUGCUCUUGGAUCAACACAAUUCUGCUCAUCUGUGUCAUAUCUCUUUAUUUAAAACUACACCAACUUAAUCAGCUAUCUUCAGACCUUGUCCACCCAUAAGCAGGUAUUUUAUAAAAUUAAACUUCUUUUUCUGUUACAUGUUAAAUGGCAAAAGGAAUUUUUGGAGAAAUAUUUUUAAGGUUAAAAAGAUUCAUAUAACGCAGAAAAAUAAACAAGACGACGUGUAUGUUGAUGAGAGCGCAAAGACGUGGUGCUUGAACGCUCGUGUGAGUUUUAUUUUCACACGUUAGUGCAGAUGGAGACUUUUGAAAAUGUACCAAACGUUUAGCUGGACAAAGAGGGUUUUCACCUACCUGUGGAGGAAACUUCAGGUAGCAGAUACAAGACUGAUCCCUCAGAUGAACAGAAACAAGGGCUGGCAAGACGUUUAAGCUGAAAUACUUAAAAGUUCUGUGGACAAAAGGAUCCGAUUAUUACUAUAAUUAUUAUUAUUAUUAUUAUUAUGGACCAAGCUAAAGCUGCCCUGCGGUGAUCUUUUGUCUUCCCACCCCUCAGAAGUCGCCAAACUAACUAGUAUUUGGUGAAAUUUGUAAUUUACCUGAUAUUUUAUUUUCCUGCAUGUUUAUUUCAAAAGAUAAUCGUCAGAACUUUAAUAAUUUAAUGAGUGAAAUUAUAAUUCCCUAUGCAUGCAUCAUCAAAAGUACUGAUCUGACAAAGGAAAUUCAGAUGUUGGAGGCUAAAUUAAGUUUAGCCAUCUCAGUAUCUACAAAACCUGCUCUGACCCUCCGCCAGAGGAAGAAAAAUGAUGAAAACGUUCCUCAAUGUCCGAACGCACCAUCACUUAUUGAUAAUCACAGACCGGUCCUCUGCGUCACCAUGGAAACGUCGGGACAUCGAUGUUUAUCUGUAAAACUUUUCUGCCUUAAGAGUUGAACUCAGAAUCUGAGGGACGCAAGUGGAUUGAAAGAUUAAAAUUUUGAUUGUAGGAGAUAAAAGGAAGUUGGGUUGAGAGUUAGAAUAUGUAUGUUUCACGUUGGGCUCCGGUGUCCUGGAGAUUUAAACUGGAGCCGACGGGCCGGGACUGGAACCUGCAGCAGCUGCACCGAGGACCUUCGGCGGAGACGACCUUCGACCUCCGCACCAGAGGCGCCGACUCAACCUCACACUUAAAGAAAUGAAAUGUAAACACUACUGUUCUGUUCUUGAAUGUUGUUUUUCUUUCCUCUCUUUGUUUCUAACUCCUCGUUUCUGGGGCAGAAGGUUGAUCACAGCCAUUUUGAUACCAAUAAAAUGAAAAAAUAAUCUAAUAUUUAUUAUUUGCUGCACUAAAACAUUUGCAAAGAGAUUUUAUUUUACAUUUUAUUUUGAAAUUACCGUUGAACUCUUGUGUUGUUUUGAUACUUUUCUGUAUAUAUUAUUUUGUUUGAUUACAUACUUUUAAAGUUUGAUUUGAUGCGGUCAAUGUCGUUCGAUGAUUGAAUGAUCAUGUCAAAUAUUGGUCAAAUUAAAACUGGAGGUGUUGGUUUCGACUUGGCCAUUUCAUUUCUGCUGUUUUUCUGAUUUUUUCUUUUUUUUUCUUUUAAGCAUUCAAACACCAUGAUUCAAACAUUUCACCUGAGAAAACAACUCACAUCAGAAACCAUCGGAUGCCUUCUAUAGAUUGUAAAUACUCAGAUUCACAUCCUCUUUGGUUUAUGGAACUGAUUUAAUUACCUUCACCUGAACAUCAUCCAUGUAAACCUCAAAGUUUCUACUCUUGAGAUUUAUGACAUCAGCUAAAAUGUGAUUAUCUUACCUUCUUUCAAACAGGCGACUGGUGUCUUUACUGGGACAGUUGAUGAGGAUAGUCUGUUUUCUUCCAGUUGAGAUUACACUAUUGGUUGUUUGAAAUCUAUCAUGUCAAAAUAAAAUAAAAAUCACAGCCUGACUUUAAAAACAUCACAUUCAUGUUUGCGGGAGGGCGGUACUCCAACAUUCCCAUCUCCAUCUCCUCCCACCGUCAACAGAUCAUGGGAUGGUGCAGAUCACUCACUGGGGUGGGAGGGUUUUUCUUUUUCUUUUUGUUGAUUAAUUGCCAGUAUUGGGAUGGGUA